AUGUCCUCGAUUUUUGCAAAACGGCAGAGAGAGGACGACGUGUUGGGGUUUGGGGACUAUGGGCACAAGAAAUCGCGACUUGAUCAAAAUAUAAAUACCUCGUUUCUCUCCGCGCGGUUCCCCUUCAACAGUCCCACCCUCUCGCCUCCAUUACAAUCCACUGAGCCAUCACAAGAAACAAACAACAACAACAUAGUCUUUGAUAAUACACUCCCCGAACCAUUCCGGAAAUGGCGCGAGGAAAAGAAACAGCCAGCACAUUCGUCCUUGCAACACCGUCGUCCGCCAACCCUAACGCUGGAUACCGCCAUGGAUGUCGACAUGACACAGCCAUCACCACUGCAAAAUGGCGACAAUCUAUCGCCCUGGCCUACCAGUGCAAAAACAAAAGCGUUUUUGAAUCACCUCCAACCGUCGCCUAUCCCUCAUCAUCUGCUCAAUCAGUCCUUGACCAUCAGCGGAGGUCGCACAUCUACACCGAUAUAUAGUCAUUUCACAUUAAACAUGAAUACGGAGUUAAUGGCCGAUCCUUCUCAAGAUAUUACCAGUGUUGCUCCUACGUCUACCGCACACAAGACGAACGAAUCGAGCUGGUGGCGACGACGGAGACUACCGAGUCCAAUUAGCGAGGCUGGUGACAUACCUGAAAUGGAGCCUGCAAACAAUAUAGACAGAGAGACUCGGCACCAAAAAGAGUGGCCUGAUUCUCCGUCUUCAAUGGAUGUUGAUGGCGACACGCUAUCUAAUAUGUUCCUACAAGUCCCGGAACAGAGUCUGGGAUUUCCUAUUCAUACGCCUGCCAAGGUGAAGGCCGAAACUGAAACUAUGAUACCUAUACCAACGACAUCAUCAACAACUGAACCAGCGAAACGGCCAUCGGUCACGGCACCCAGACGAGAGAAGAUGAGUUUCUCAAUGGGGUAUCGAGCCGACUGCGAGAAAUGUCAAAUGCGAGUUCCUGGACACUAUAGUCAUAUUGUCCGAUCUUAG